AUGCCCACCAUCUACUCCUCCCUCUACCAGAAUUUUAUCCGUCAAGGAUUCGCAAAAUCUUUCACUCACGGCUACGCCCAGUCCGUCGUAGCUGCGACACAUCCUAUCCUCAACACUCAGAACCGGCCUUCGUUUGCCCGCCGGAACACGAAUCGCUUUGGCCGCCUCCAGUCUCUCCAGCUUCAGUCCGCUUUCCACACCGCUGAGCGGACAAGUGCGGGUCUUCCCCAGCAUCACCACGAGAAGCUCGACGAGAAGCUCAAACAUGGAAGUUUAGACGCCUACUUCGAGGCGCUGCAGAGCCAGCAGGCCUCAGAGGAGGACUUCGAGAAGGAAUGGACUCAGUUCCAGUUCCAGCGACAGAUUGAAUGGAAGCCCACGCCCGCGUCCGUCCUCGUUGGCGAGGCCAAAAUUGCCGAGGCAGAAGAGCAUGCCGCCGCACAAGAUGAAGAGACACCAUCAGCCAUCACUCCAGAGGCCCAGGCCGCCCUGGCUCAAAUAGAUGCGGCUCUAGAGAAGGAGAUUGAGUUCAGGAAUCGCAUGGAGGCCUUGGAAGAGGCUUCUGAGCACUCCGUUCGAUCCAUUUCUCAUGGCGGCUCCGCAGCACGCUCCUACCAGUCUCCAGCCAUUGACAGAUCAUGGUCACCUCUCAGUGUAGCACGAACCGCUACUCCUCCCUUUGACCCUCAGUCUCAGGUUUACGCCGACCACCUCCAUAAGCUUUCCGAAGAUGGCCGCUACGCCGAGAUCCCGGCCGUGUUCGAGGCCAUGCUUGUCGCCAGUGUGCAGCCCAUCGCCAGCGCCUACAACGCCCUGCUGAUGGCCGCCAUCCACCUGCCGACUGCUAAGAACGAGAUUGUCACCAAGGCCCUGGAUGUGUACGCCGACAUGCUCCGUCGCAAGAUUGUGCCGGACAGCGACACCUAUAACAUCCUUGUCGGCCUUCUCGCUGCCCGCUCUCUGGAGGUCGCUUCGUUGAAGAAGAACCUUCAAGAGAAGCUUGUCCGAUUCGGCGGAAUGGAUGAGCCUGGGAAGUUUAUGCUCGCGUCCCACGAGCUCGAGAAUGCCAUUCUCUCUGAGGAUGACAGACUAGAUCUAGCGAUGGAAAUGUUUGAGAAAUCGGUUCUCUCCCAGCGAGCGGAUUACUCGGCUGAGUCUUACCACCAGCUCAUUUCUGCUUGUGCCCAGGCUGGACGCGUCACUGACAUGCUGCGUCUGUACGAGCACAUGGAGCUGAACCGUGUUACUCCUUUCGCCGCCAUGUUUCCCCGGAUGGUCACUGCCUUUGCCACUUCCGGAGACCUCGUCAGCGCUGUCGAAUGUUACAAUGAGUACAGGGAACUCGCUAUUGCUAACGAUAAUGGCGAGUCUACUCUUCACGAUCGAUUGGACGCCGAGGUGUACGCUUCUGUCAUUCACGCCUACAUCAUCUCUGACAAGAUUGACGGCGCCAUGAAGUUCUACGAGAAGAUCAUCAAGGAAUACGGAGUUCGUGCUGGUGAUAUUAAGGAUGUUAUCGUCAGCUCUGGCAUGGUCAAGGCUUUCACCGACCGUGGUAUCUUCAAUGAGGCCCUUCGUUGGGCACAGGUUGUCGAGGUCGAAAAUCGAGCGGACCCCAUGGGCAGCCUUGCCACCCGUGCUGCCGACUUUGGCGACAUGCAUACCGCUGUUGCGGCUUUUGCCAACCUGCCCAUCAACUUCCACAAAAUUGCCACCCCUGCCAUGGCACUGCUCGCCUUGAGCGUUCGCCAGGGCGAUGUGGUCUCAGCAGCUUGUUACUGGCACGUUCUUUGCGCCCCUGAGACGCCCGUUACCCCGGCCCUCAUCGAGCCUACUGCUAUGUACGCCAUCGCCAUGAUUGGCUCUGGUCAGGUUGCCGAGGGUCUGGCCGAGUCCGAACUCAUGUUCCAGCGAAUUCGGGCCGCCAACCCUGAGAGCGUGGAUGAAAUUGAAGAAGGUGUCGACUUUGUUCACCAGUUCAUGAGCAGCCGUGGUAUUGUUGACCCUCGUGAGAUGGCUUCUCAACAAACGCUUUCUGCUUCCCCCUUCACCAGCGCCGCUACCGUCUCGAGCUUUGAAGAGUCCUUCGACCCUUACGCACACAACACCGACUUUAAGGGUUCCUCGCUCAUUUCCGACGAGCUUGAGGGCUCUCACGGCCGGAAGGGUCCUAAGCUUCACGAUGCUCUUGUCCGCUUCCGCAACAUGCGCCGUGCCGGUCGUCACCCCCGCUACAUUACUUACGCCAAGCUGAUCUCUGCUGCCUCCCGCGAUGGCAAGAUGGAGCUGUGCAACGACAUCCUCGCCAUGGCACGCACUGAUGUUCCUCUCCUUCCUCAGUAUGCGGUUGUCCGCUACGGUUGGUCUUCCAUCUUGGAUGCCAUGGUUGGUGCGUGUCUCACCAUGGGUUACCGCCAAAUGGCCGAGCAGUACCACCAGGAGCUUCUUGACAUGGGCGCCGCUCCUUCCGCCAACACCUUCGGUUUGUACAUUACCACCCUCAAGGAGUCUGCCAAGACGUUCGACGAGGCCUCAGAGGCUGUCAAGAUCUUCCACCGAGCCAAAGCCGAGGGUGUUGAACCCAGCUCCUUUUUGUACAACGCUCUGAUUGGCAAGCUGGGCAAGGCUCGCCGCAUUGAUGACUGCUUGUUCUACUUCGCUGAGAUGCGUGCCUUGGGUAUCAAGCCCACGUCUGUUACUUACGGAACCAUUGUAAACGCUCUAUGUCGAGUGAGCGACGAGAAGUUUGCCGAGGAGCUGUUCGACGAGAUGGAGGCCAUGCCUAACUACAAGGCCCGCCCCGCUCCCUACAACAGCAUGAUGCAGUUCUUCCUCACCACCAAGCGCGACAAGUCCAAGGUCCUUGCCUACUACGAGCGCAUGAAGUCCAAGGGCAUUGCUCCUACUGCACACACCUACAAGCUUCUUGUCGACACGCACGCAACUCUCGAGCCUAUCGACAUGGCUGCCGCUGAGAAGGUUCUGGAAGCCAUUCGCGCCUCUGGUCAGAAGCCUGAAGCCGUUCACUUCGCCGCUCUUAUCCACGCUCGUGGCUGCAAUCUCCACGACAUGGAAGGCGCCCGCAAGGUGUUCGACUCGGUCAUGUCCGACCGAUCUGUCACCGCAACCGCCAGUCUGUUCCAGGCCCUCUUCGAGGCCAUGGUCGCCAACCACAAAGUUGCCGACACCGAGGUCGUUCUUGCCCAGAUGCGCCGUCGGGGUGUUGAGAUGACGCCGUACAUUGCCAACACGCUGAUUCACGGCUGGGCCGCGGUGAAGAAGAUCGAGAAGGCGCAAGCCAUCUACGACUCCGUUGGACACGAGAAGCGUGAACCCAGCACUUACGAAGCUAUGACCCGCGCAUACCUCGCUGUCGAGGACCGCGAGAAGGCCAAGGGCGUUGCCGGCGAGAUGCUCUGCCGUGGCUACCCCAGUGCCGUUGUCAACAAGGUGCUGGAGCUUCUGGGCGGUGGCGGCGGUGGGGAGGAAGCUGUUCAGAACUGA